AUGGAUCCUUUUGGAGCAGAAGGCGAGCUGGUGAACAUCCACACCGCGUUUGUCCAAGGGCAAUACGAAUUGGUCCUCUCCGACUUUGAAGCCUCCUCCUUUUCCGACACCAAUCGCCAGCCCGUGCAGAUCCUCCAAUAUCGAGCACAAUGCGCCCUCGGGCAAUACGACGACGUCAUCAAAAGUGUAGGAAAUAGCAGCGUCCCCGAUUUGCAGGCCGUCAAAGCCCUUGCUACGUUUCUCAAGAAUGGAUCGGACGGGGCGGUAGCGGAUGCGGAGAAGCUGUCAGAGACACAAGGCGAGAAUCUGACGGUGCAAUUGCUGUGUGGGAUUGUGUUGGCCCGCGCAGGCAAGGCGGAUCAGGCGCUGGCCUUGCUCAGCCGUCAUGAGGGCAGUCUGGACGCCGUGGCGUUGAGCGUGCAGAUCCAUCUCAGUCAGAAUCGGACAGACCUGGCGUUGAAGGAGGCGAAGAGUGCGCGGAGUUUUGCACAGGAUGCUCUGUUGGUGAACUUGGCGGAAAGCUGGGUUGGCAUGAGACAGGGCGGAGAAGACUACCAAAAGUCAUUCUACGUCUUCGAGGAACUCGCGCAGGCGCCUUCAUCCGCAUCGGCCACUUCGCUCAUCGCACAAGCCGUGUCAGAGCUGCACAUGGGCCGACUCGAAGAAGCAGAGACGGCGCUCAACCAGGCUCUGGUCCUGGAACCAGACAACAGCGCGGCAUUGGCGAACAAGGUGGUGCUGGAUAGCAUCAACGGCAAGGAUGUGAGUGAGGUGCGGAGCAAGCUGCAAAGCGUCGACUCCCAGCACGAAAUGCUCCUCGAUUACGCGGCGAAGAAAGAAGCAUUCCAGGCGGCAUUGGAAAAGUACAGUCCCAAGUUCGAGGCAUGA